CACAUUGAUUUCAGAGUCAAUGCACAAGACCUCUGGAAAAGUAGAAAGGCAGGCUCGGAGCACGGUUCGCUUGACCUCACUUGCAGAUUUCCACUCUUCGUCAGGUACCACGAACCGACCUCUUGUCUCGUGCUUGCACAGUUCACACAGCGACUCUUUUAUCGCGCCAAACUCAGAAAGCGGGGUGUACAGUUCUCGACGUCGAACGUCGACACGCUUUCAGGAGUCAUGACUGUCUUCUGAAUCCGCAGUGGCCAAACCUUGCCCGAGAGAACAGACCAUAUACCGCUGUCACAACGGGCAGGAACAACGAAACUACGCUGAUUGAAACCCGCUCAGCACAUUGAAUCAUUGCAUCACCCAACAUGUCGCGAGACUUCAUUCCAGACGCACUGGCACUUCCUCCAGCAUGCCAACUACCUUCAGGCUCCGACGCUGACUCUGCAAUAUAUCUUGCUUCUCCCACUCCUACCAGAGGCCAUCAGCGCUCCCGCACUGCCACCGAGUUACCGCCUCUUUACAAGCGGACACAAUCCACUUCGCCUACAAGAUCUACUUUCCUGCCUUUCCUGCGUCCUCAAAGCGUUCGGUCUAUAUCCCCAGAACGGGUCUCCGUCUCCGUCUCAGAAGCAUCAGACUUUGUACUGUCAAGCGUGCACUCAAGCACAAAGAAGAAAACGAGCAGUGCAGUCGAGAAAUUGGCAAGCUGGUUUGAUGGUUCUUCUGAACCUGUCAAUAUAACACUGGUGCCCUCCCCACGAAAGGAAAAGUUGGAUCCUGUCUCCGAGCACGUCGCAAUGGAAAACAUCUUCUCAGCCAGUCAAGACUCGGUAGAUAACCUGACCCGGCGGCCAAAGAGACCAAGUCUAGCAGCAGCACCAACAUCAAAGUUCAACUUCUUUCGGAGGUCCACAAUAUCUCUGGCGCCUAACAACCUGGAAGUGGACGAAUUGGCAAACCUGGACAUCGACGAGGCUCUCUUCCCUCAUGGUCAUCCAGACGAGUCCUCACCGGCCUCUUUCAAGAACUUGCAGCAGAAUGCUGAGGGUAUAGUACGACGUUUCCAGCAAGCGUAUACGGAGCAGCAAAAGGCUCUUAGGACAACUACUUCGGCCAAGAAUGUCCAGACGGAUGAACUCGAAGCAGCACAAACGAGGAAUGAAACAUCAAAACUGCAACUGGAAGAGAUGGCAGAACGUGCGGCGGAGCAGGAGAAGACAAUCAUGGCUCUGAGAGCACAAUUGACAUCACAAGGCCCAUCUCUACAGUCCUACCAAGCUCAACAACAAAGUGUCAGGAUGGUACCACAAGAAGAGCCUCAUGAGCCAGACACCUCUCGAUCAAGGUAUCGCAGGAAGCGCUCAUCGGAUGUGUCUACGUCUGGCGAGUCGGAAUUGGGGUCGGAUGUGAGCUCGGUGGUCAGCGUCUUCUCGGAAGCAUUGUCAGUUGCGCCCUCUCAGACAAUCUCGAUCCCCAGUCCCGUUAUGAAAUCGAAUACUUCUGCAGUCAGAGGCGAUUGUCCUAACUGCCACGGCCUGAACGCUACGGACUCUUGGGACGUUGUCAACGUGAUGAGACUGGAAUCUUCGGCAUUGAAGCAGCGCAUCGCACAGCUUGAGAAUGCCCAAGAUGAUGCUCUGGAUUUCUUGAGCGGGCUGAAAUUGUCUUGACUGGAAGCAACGACAUUUAUGGUUUUGUUGAAUUGACUGAAGAUACCCUAUAUUGCAUUCAUACCUAGCUAGCAUUGUAUUACAGGAGGCAGAGAACAUGUCUUGUACAUUUUGAUACACGUUCAGUUCUCAUUCCAUCGACAGCCC